CUCGUGUCGUCUCCCUCUUUCUGCGCCCAUGGUACUCUGCUUCGUAGUCAUUGUCACAUAAGAAGGGUCUCAUGCAGGAUUCUUCAGCCGUGACAGCCAUGUCGUCGUGACCGCCGUUCUUGAUACUGUUUCUUAUUCGGCUUCGUCGGCGGACACCCUUUCAACUUUGGAGGAGCAACCUUGUGCGCCUUUUGAACUUUGUCAGACGCAAGUUGGGAAGGAUUGUAGCAGGUUGUAGCACCUGCUUAGGGUUUUAGGUCGCGCAUAACAACAUAAGAAAAGGGUAGCUUAUGGCCUUUGGCUCUCAAGAGGGUUGGAAAGCUGAAGAUGGAGCAGCAGAUGAUGCCUGGAACGACAACACUCCGGUUCCCGUGCCCGUGUCUGUGCCUGCCAAAGUUUCCUCAUCGACCCCUGUCGUGCUCAACAAGCUGAGUUACUGCAAAGUUGUGAAGGCAGAUACCCUUGCGAACAAAAAUUCUCAAGUAUUAGAAGCUGACUCGGAUCAUUGUCACUUUCUAGAGUUGCCACCAGUCUUGAUUCUGGAAAUUUUCACACAUCUCGAUGCACGUGCGUUGUGCCUCCUCUCGUGCACCUGUGUUCUGUUUAGGCGUCUUGCUUCAGACAGCCAUGGAUGGAAGAAUUUUUACUGCGAGCGUUGGGGCCUCCCCGCAAUUCCAAGCACAGGGGUGCUUGGGAUAUCCACACCGGGAAAGUCAUGGCGGGAGCUUUACAUGGCACGGGAAGAAAGAUGUAAGGUCCUGAUGGGGCGUUUCCAAACGGACAUGUUGCUCGGCCAUACUGAACCUGUGCGCUGCAUCCGCCUUCUCCCUGUUGCCAACCUUAUUAUCACCGCAGGAUAUGAUCAGGUUGUGCGCGUGUGGAACUUGGAGGAAGGUCUGCCAUUGGUUUGCUCUCGACCUUUGGGAGAAACUUUGCGUGCUAUCGGAGUAGACAUGGAGCUACUUGCAGUAGCAGGCAGCGAUGCUGUGAUCAGGCUUUGGCGUGCGAUCCCCGAGUGCCCGCAACUGUUUGAUGUAGCAGGGAUUUGGGGUGGUCCGAACAGCAAAGGUGCUGAAAUCUGUUUGUAUGGUCACAACGGCCCCAUUACAUGCCUUGGUCUAGAUGCCGCUAACAUAUACAGCGGUUCGUGGGAUAUGUCCAUUCGAGUGUGGGAUCGAGUUACUUUGCUUUGUGUCAGUCAGUUAUUACACAACGAUUGGGUAUGGGCGCUGGUGCCUCGAGGGCGCCGUCUUCUUAGUACUGCUGGUAGUCAUGUGUACAGUUGGGAUAUUGAGACAGGCCAGCACCGAAUGCGUGAAGGGGUUCAUUUAGGUCAAGCAUAUGCAGUUCAGGGCAGCUAUUCCGGUCACUUCAUCUUCACGGGAGGCGAGGACGGCGCGGUGCGCAUGUUCGAUGAUCGGUUCUCAAGGCGACAUAAUAAUGGAUACAAGACUAAUACUCUUGAACCGAUUGCAGUUUGGAUGCCUCACAGGGGAGCCAUCCACUCUCUCGCCUUUGAGGAUCCAUGGCUUGUUGCCGCAUCGGCAGACGGAAGUGUAGCCAUAAUGGACGUUAGGCAGAUCAUGGAUAAAGCCAGUGGUAGUGGGAAGAGACUCCCAUCUUCCUCUACAAGGUCAAGAACCACGUCUUCCUCUCAGAUCGUCGGCAAAGCGGGAGAAGAAGCAGUGCAACGUUUUCUGCCUGGCUUACACCAUUGUUCAUUCAGCGUAGACAUAGGUGCAGAUCGUGUAGUAAGCGGGGGAGAUGAGAAAACUGUGCGAAUAUGGGAUUUCUCCCAGGCUAUUGAGAUAGAACGUAGCAUUCAAGCCUCUAGAAGAAGCAGACCUCGUCGUCGUUCCAAAAAGGCUGUCGCACCUGUUGUAGAACAGCUCGCCAAGCUUGAGACCAGAGGUGUGAUCACUUCAAGGCCUGAAGUUGCGAGCACUUCAACAAAAGUAGUGGGGCAUCAAGCAGCAUCAAGAUGGGUUACUCUUGGACGCAUCAGGAAGAGCCAGACUGUUGGCGCCUUGUGAUAGAGUGAACCAUAGUUUUGGCUUUUGAAAUCUUGGAGUCCGGAUGAUGCCGCCGAAUUUAGUUCUAUCAGUUUUGACAUGCUCUGGUUGGAAACUGGUUGCAUUCUUGAGUACAUGCUUGAGCUUCUUCAUUCUCUUAA